AAAAAAGAUAACAUUAUCGUGCAUGCGGAACCAUAGCCGUGGAUUUAUUGCAACCGGAGUUUUUCACCGUUGCACCACUGAUGUAACUUGAAUUUCCUGAUCGGUAAGGGUCAUGGGCACGGAGUUUGUUUAGAGUCCAGUCUACGAAGCUGAACCGUCUUUUCCCAAUCACUGAAAUUGAUGAAAUGAUGUUGCGAACGCUGUGUCGGACCGGCGGGGCCCUCCUACAGCAAACUCAGCGGGCCGCGCCGAGGUUGUGGGUGACACCCGCCCAGCAGCGAUGGGCGUCCAGCCUGCCCAUGAACACCGUGGUCCUGUUUGUGCCCCAGCAGGAGGCCUGGGUGGUGGAGAGAAUGGGUCGCUUCCACCGGAUCCUAGAGCCGGGUCUAAACUUCCUCAUACCCAUACUUGACCGAGUGCGCUACGUGCAGAGCCUCAAAGAGAUUGUCAUUGAUGUACCGGAGCAGUCUGCAGUAUCUCUGGAUAAUGUAACACUACAGAUUGAUGGAGUGCUUUACUUAAGGAUCCUAGACCCUUUCAAGGCCAGUUACGGUGUCGAGGAGCCAGAAUAUGCCGUGACACAGUUGGCACAGACCACCAUGCGUUCAGAAUUAGGCAAACUCACACUGGACAAAGUGUUCAGGGAAAGGGAGUCCCUCAAUUCCAACAUCGUCCACUCCAUCAACCAAGCUUCAGAUGAGUGGGGGAUCCGUUGCCUCCGUUAUGAAAUCAAAGAUAUACAUGUUCCACCUCGUGUCAAAGAGUCCAUGCAGAUGCAGGUGGAGGCCGAGCGUAAGAAGAGAGCCACGGUGUUGGACUCUGAAGGGAUGAGGGAAGCGGCCAUUAAUGUCGCUGAGGGUCAGAAACGAGCUCAGAUUCUGGCCUCGGAGGGUGAAAAAGCAGAGCAGAUCAAUAAAGCGGCCGGUGAGGCCCAGGCCGUUCUGGCCCGAGCAGGGGCCAAAGCUAAGGCUAUCUGUAUGCUGUCGGAUGCUCUGGCCCAGCAGAACGGAGAUGCGGCAGCCUCGCUGAGUGUAGCCGAGCAGUAUGUGUCUGCUUUCUCCAAACUCGCCAAAGAGUCCAACACCAUCCUCCUUCCCUCUAACACUGGGGACGUUAGCGGAAUGAUCACACAGGCGAUGACCAUUUACAGCACGAUGUCAAAGAAGGGUCCAAAAGCACCAGAAGAGGGGCAGCUGAAGAGUGAAGACCACGUGAACCAAUCGUCUCAAUAGCAGAGGACUCGGCGAACGAACUCAAAAUCAGUAAAAUGUCACAGAAGCAGAAAGCAGUUUGUGUUUCAGUUAUUGGGUGGAGGCUCCGAGGCAUCGCUGUGUGAUGAUCACAUACCCCCUCUGCUGAUCAACUUUACUACCUUUUUUUUUUGUAAGAGGGUUUUUUAAUCUUCGCUGUAUUUUUAUGUCCAGAUAUUGUCAGAUUGGAAAGUUCCCACCGGCCUUCAACCAGAUAUACUCGCACCAGUGACUUGGCAGGCUGACAAAACGGAGAAAUUGAUGACAGGUUUUGGGAUUUAUCAGGUACUGUGGCCAUGGAUGCAGAAAUAAGCCCUGCACAUUGUGAAGGAUAUGAUUUAUAAGUAAUUUGUGGGCAAUGGCGUUCGUGCAUCAGAUCUGUUUUGUGUGGUUUAUAUUUGUGCAUAAACCCUAUAAGAAUUGG